AAUAAUUAAAAGAAAAAGUGUUAUAAUUAAUAAAAAAGAUGGGUUAUGUUUUCAUGUCAUUGUUCGCGCAUGUCUAAUGGAAACAAAUAUGCCAUCAUUACUAAAGAACUUCAUAUCAACAUUCGUUACUUUAGUAUUGAGUAUGACAAUAUUAUUAAUACUAGAAAAUAUCUUGGAAAAUCAAAUACAUCGAGGAAGUCAUGAAGAACAUCCUAAACCACGAGCUUCAUGGUUGGGGGACGAUAGUAAAUUGUUAAAUUUAAAAAACUUCAAAUAUUUAUUAAAUAAUCCAACAAAAUGCGGUCGAGAAGAAGAAAUAUUAGCGAUUAUUAUUGUAACAAGCUAUGAAGCACAUAUCGAAACUCGAAGUGCCAUGAGACGUGCAAUUCCAGAACAGGAAUUAGAACGUUUGAGAAUUAAACGUGUAUUCUUAUUAGCCGUAGCACCUGAAACCGAUAAAUAUGCUAUAUCACAAGAUGCUUUAAUUAAUGAACAAAAACGAUAUGGGGAUUUAAUUCAAGGUAAUUUUAUUGAAGCUUAUCGAAAUUUAACAUAUAAACAUAUUAUGGGUUUAUCGUGGGCGGGAAAGUAUUGUUCACAUGCAAAAUAUGUGAUUAAAAUGGAUGAUGAUAUAGUGAUUGAUUUUUAUAAGAUUGUACAAAUGUUAAAUAAAUUUCAAUAUAAUCGUUUAUUUUUUGCUGGAUAUGUAUUUCAUGGAAUGCAACCAAAAAGGGAUCCAGCAAAUAAAUGGUAUGUAACAUAUUAUGAGUAUUCAAAACCAAUGUAUCCGGUGUUCGUGUCCGGGUGGUUUUAUGUGACAACACCGUAUGUAGCACAACAGCUUGUGAAUACUGGUCGAUUUGUGCCAUAUUUUUGGAUUGACGAUGUUUAUGUGACGGGUAUAUUAAUGAAAGUGUUAAAAUGGAAACAUUCGGAUAUACAUGAAAUUUUCACGGCGAAUUCAGCAUUUUUAGAAUGUUGUAUACGUGAUUUUAAACAAUAUCAAUAUGACUGUGAUGUAGCUGUUGGUCCCAAUGGUGGGGAUGCGGAAUUGUUUGUUAAAUUUAACGAGGCAUUAUCGAAAUGUCGUUUUCAUAAUAGUAGUGAGAGUAUACCAUGUCAUUCUAGACCAUUAGGUAAGGAAUUAACGAAAACUUGUGUUGCUGAAUUCAAAGGAUUUCCGUUGGGAAAUGGUGAUGCUAAAAUAGAAGAUUAUAAAUUGUUUUAACUUAAAAAUGUUUUUAUAUUUUUAUGAAAAGUCCUAAUAAAUGUUUCUAUGUUUGUA